UCUCUAUCCAUUCCAAGUGGAAAAAUUCUCAUGAAAUGACAUUUUAAAAUGAUAAUACCAUUUCAGGCAUACCUAUGAGCCAAGAUCAACGUUUUGCUGGCACAACACCUUCAGCAAUGCAACAUAGUCAACCAGUAGGGAACAAUACUGGAGCAAUUUUGUCACAAAGUAAAGCAAGGACACCUUCAGACAGAAUAUCGAUUCGGACACCACCCGUUGGGGGUGUUAUCAGCACCCCAUCGCCAUGCAAGAUGUACAAACUGACAAAUACUGGAGGAUAUCCAAGAUCACAACCAAGGCAACACAACGAGCAAGGCAUGCAUAGACCAAUGACGCAAAGUUCUCCAGCUGGGUCCCAAAUGAGGUCUAGAUCAAGUACUCCAACAAUGUCACUUUCAAGGUCAGUUACCCCAAACAGAUACAACUCCCCACGAGAUUUGAAUAGCUUGAUGAGUUCGUCACAACAACGGCAAAACAAUAACUCAACUCCAAUGGCAACUCCCUCCAAUAAAACACCAUACACAUCAAGACCAGACUCGGGUACUCCGAUGCAGAUAAACUCCACGCUCGAUCCGGCUCAAAGACAAAUAAGGCUCACUUACCAACCAAGAACAGCACUUAUGUCCAAGGUAACACCGAGAUCAUCGCAGCAGACUGCAUAAAGGUUGAAUCAUUGCGUGAAGGCUGGGUUAUCGAAACAAUCGCGAACUCUAAAUUGUUUGAUAUUAUGAAAAUGUAAAUCGAUCUAGAGAAU